AUCAUCAUAACCAAAAGUGGGAAAUGAGAACUGAGCAAAGAAAAGAAUGCUAUGCCUUUUCUAAAAGUACCUAACUUAUUAAUGAGAGCCAGUGAGUGAGUGAGUGGAUCUAACCCAAAUCCAACACAAACCACAUUUAUAUAUUUAUAGGACAAAGCUGGCUGAGUAUUGAGGAGUAUCAACCACCACUAACAACUAUGUGCUUUUUCUGCUAACUUCAAUAAACAAACGUGUUAGAACAAAAGAGAGUUGACUAUUUGAUAAGGUUGUGUUUGAGCUUUAGAGAUCUGAGGUUGUGGAAAGAAAGGAUUAUAAAAAUGGGUGUGAAUGUUAAUGUGAGGAUUCUUUGUGUUUGUGUUGUGCUUUUCAUGGCAAUUGAAGCAAUGGGAGUUCAUCAAACUGCACCAAUGGAUCAAUUUUUAGAGAAUAAGAACAUCUUUAAGAAAAAGCGACCAAGAUCCCGCUCUCGCCCCAUUGACUACACAUUCAAACUUCCAAUUGCACAAACUUCUUGGCCAAAAGGUAAUGGUUUCGCAGGCGGAUUCCUCGAUCUAGGUGGGCUACAAGUGUAUCAAGCAUCAACUUUCAGCAAAGUUUGGGGUGCGUACGAGGGUGGCCUGGACAAUCAAGGCGCCUCCGUGUAUGAACCAACAGGAAUACCUAAAGGAUUCUCUAUGUUAGGUAGCUACAGCCAACCAAACAAUAAGCCUCUUUUUGGAUAUGUUUUUGUAGCAAAGGAUGUUUCUUCAAGUACCACAGGUAGAACUUUAAAACCACCAGUUGAUUACACACUUGUAUCGAACACCGCAUCCUUCAAGGCUACUCAAGAUUCCACUCUUUAUAUUUGGUUACCAAUAGCACCUAAUGGAUACAAAGCUUUAGGACAUGUUGUCACCACAACACAAGAUAAACCUUCACUUGACAAAAUCAUGUGUGUCAGAUCAGACCUCACAGACCAAUGUGAGUCUUCUUCGUGGAUUUGGGGAUCAAACAACUUCAAUUUCUACAAUGUUAGACCAAUCAAUAGAGGAACUCAAGCUCCUGGUGUUCGAGUCGGUACCUUCUUUGCUCAAAAUGGUGGGAAUACUAACCCUCCAUCAAUUUCAUGUUUGAAGAAUCUCAAUUCUAUUUCACAAAUCAUGCCUAAUAAAAAACAAAUUGAGGCAAUGCUCCAAGUUUACUCUCCAUUUCUAUACUUACAUUCUGAUGAAGAAUACUUACCUUCCUCGGUUAAUUGGUUUUUCUCCAAUGGAGCAUUACUAUACAAGAAAGGUGAAGAAUCAAAUCCUGUUCCCAUAGCACAAAAUGGUACUAACCUUCCUCAGGAUCCCAAUACUGAUGGUGCCUAUUGGAUAGACCUACCUGCUGAUGCUGCAAACAAAGAGAGAGUCAAGAAAGGUAAUCUACAAAGUGCAGAAUCAUACGUACAUGUGAAACCAAUGUAUGGAGGAACAUUCACUGAUAUUGCCAUGUGGGUUUUUUACCCUUUUAAUGGACCUGGGAGAGCAAAAGUGGAGUUCUUAAAUGUGAAAUUAGGGAAAAUAGGUGAACAUGUUGGUGAUUGGGAGCACGUGACAUUAAGGGUAAGUAAUUUGGAUGGUCAAUUAUGGCAUGUAUAUUUCUCACAACAUAAUCUUGGUUCAUGGAUUGAUUCAUCCCAACUUGAGUUCCAAGAUGGAAUAGGUGCAACAAAAAGACCUGUUGUCUAUGCUUCAUUGCAUGGUCAUGCAUCAUAUCCACAUGCUGGUCUUGUUCUACUAGGGAAAAAUGGAAUAGGUGCAAGAGAUGAUACUAAUAAAGGAAAGAAUGUUAUGGAUAUGGGAAAAUUUGUAUUGGUUUCUGCAGAGUAUUUAGGGUCUGAAGUUAAAGAGCCAGCAUGGUUGAAUUAUUUUAGGGAAUGGGGUCCACACGUGGACUAUAGUCUAGAUGAUGAGUUGAAGAAUGUUGAGAAGUUAUUGCCUGGGAAGUUAAAAAACGGUUUUGAAGAUAUUAUUAGGAGUUUACCAAAAGAAGCGUUGGGAGAGGCAGGACCAACAGGUCCAAAGCAAAAGAAUAAUUGGAGUGGUGAUGAAGUUUGAUUUUUGUACACUUUUUUAGUUAUAUUGAUUCUUAGUGGUGCGAUUGUAUUAGGGGUUAUAGUUUGUGUUUGAUUUGAAAAAAUUAAAUUAAAUGAAACCAGUAAUUAUAUCUCCGAGUUCUUGUAGUACAAAUCCUUAUGAAAUUAAAUGAAACCAGUAAUUACCUUCUGUUAAGA